GUUGGCCAUCUUGGAGAAGCUUAUGAGGAAUGGGUUCACCAGCCUAUUAUCAGCAAGGAAACCCCCCGGUUUUUUGCAAAUAAUUUUCUGGAGUUCCUGACCAGGACUGUAUGGUGGGCAAUACCACUAAUUUGGAUUCCAGUUGUAUGGUGGUUUGUUUCAAAGUCUGUCCAGAUGGGCGUUCCUUCUCCUCAGCUAGCAGUAACAUUGGUUUCUGGCAUCUUCAUUUGGACAUUGCUCGAGUACUUCUUGCACCGCUUUCUUUUCCACAUCAAAACCAAAAACUAUUGGGGGAACACCAUUCACUACCUUAUUCAUGGCUGCCAUCACAAGCACCCCAUGGAUGGACUUCGACUUGUUUUUCCACCUGCUGGAACUGCAAUCAUAUUGGUGCCAUUGUGGCAUCUAGUUAAGCUUCUUCUACCUCCAUCGGCUGCCCCUGCUUUUCUUGGAGGUGGCUUGUUUGGAUACAUAAUCUACGAUUGCACUCAUUAUUACCUGCACCACGGAAAGCCAUCAAAAGGAAUGUCGUAUGAUCUCAAGAGAUUCCACAUGAACCAUCACUUCAGAAUUCAGGACAAGGGAUUCGGAAUCACUUCUCCCUUGUGGGACAAGAGAUUCCACAUGAACCAUCACUUCAGAAUUCAGGACAAGGGAUUCGGAAUCACUUCUCCCUUGUGGGACAAGGUGUUCAGAACACUUCCUUCUGAAUCUUCCAAGAAAAGUAGGUGA